AUGAAUUGGAGUGGUAAUGGUGUCACCCAAACUGAAUUUGAUGAACAAAGGUCAUGUUAUUGUUUCCGAAAGUGUUUACGAAGAGGCGUACGUCAAGGACAUAAUUUUAAGCAACCAUUUGCUCAAGUUCAAAGUGAAGUUCCUGGUUCACCGAUUUUCAUCAUGCGACUUGCUCGAGAUGCUCGUCAUCUUGAAGUUCAAGUUUUAGCGGAUCAAUACGGAAAUGCGAUCUCCUUAUUUGGAAGAGAUU